UCGAAGGCCCUCGUGAUAACUUCCGGUGCGACGGAGCACAAGAUUUGAAUUUGGCUUCGCUUAGCUCCGUCUGUCUGCCACCUCUGCCUCUUAUUUACAACAACAGAACCGCGUUAGAGCAGAGGAAAUAAUGAAUGAUGACACCCGCAAAUUGUUUGAAAGAGUUGCUAAAAAGAUGGGAUGGGAUGAAGAAGGAGGACUGGACACAGCAGAAAAAAAGCUAAUAAGCGCAAUUGGAAAAACUCGUCAUGCGGCCACAAGUGAUCAUCGAUCUGUGGAUCAAUCAGCCUCCCCUGACAGUGAAGAUGAUCCAGAGAAGGAGAACCAGUACUUUAAGGGCAAUCUUUACAGAAAUAAGUCUUUGAUCGAAUCCAGUGAUGAUGACUUUGAACAAUUUCUGGUAGGUAGGGCAACACCGGAAGCUAAACCUUCAUCACUGAAACCAUGUAGUGCUGCAAAGAAAAACAGCUCAAAUGUUCUUCUAGUGAGCUCGGACGAUGAGGAUGGUUUUGAGACAUUUAUGCAACGAAUGAAAACCCCUAGCACCAAGCCAAAGAAAGUAUCAGAAAGUGGGAGUGAAGAUAGCCUCAAAAACUUCAUAGUGGAUGACCUCUCUUCAGAUGAUGACUUUAUUCAGCCAAAAUCAUCUUUAAAGGUGCCUAAGAAAUGCAACACUCCAGCAAACCAGCAUCCACUAAGAAGACCGCUGUCACAGUGUGACUCUCCAGUCUUUGUCAGUGACAGUGAUGAUGAUGAUGAUGAAAAUAUUGUGGUGAAGAGCACCUGGAAGACUCGUCACACAAAGCCUAAGCCCCCACCAAAGGCUAAUAAGAAUAAGUCUCUGCAGUGUGAUGAGGAGGAUCAUUCACCAUCACUGCCUUUGCUUUCCAACCCUUCUCCUCUUUCUCCUUUUCCUCACAAAACUCUUGCAUUACUGGCCUCUCCUAAACGCACUCUUUCAGCUCCUUCUAAGCUGGAUGACUCGACCAGUUCUGAGGAGGAGUUCACAUCCCUUCUGGCGAGACUGAAAAAGAAAAACAAUUUUUCUAGCACCUCAUUUUCACCUAAGAGCACCCAUGAAAGCAAUAAGGACCCUCCUGUGUCAGCUCCCCCUUUAAAGGAAUUUGCAACACCAGUCUCUAAACCACUAGGUGAAAAACCUCUGCAUGUGAAGACACCAGGGAUAUCCACCACCUUGAAGCCUAGAGUCAGUCAGACAGAGCCCAGGCACGGCCCCACCAGCAGGGUAGCAUUGUGCAAGACACCAGGGUGCUUCUUGCACACCUUAUCAAACCCUGGCACCAGCUAUGGCCGCAACUUUAAGCAGAACAAAGAAGAACUCACCAGUAGACUUUACCAGCUAUACAAUACCAGUGUGUUCGACAGUAAGCUCCCCGUCAAUAUGUCAGUGACUUGGAAUAAGAAGAUGCGGAAGACGGCCGGUUACUGUAUCACAGGGCAGGAGCGAGGGGGUGGAAACAGAUAUGCCCGAAUUGAGCUGUCAGAAAAAGUCUGUGAUUCUGCAGAUCGUCUAAGGGACACACUUAUUCACGAGAUGUGUCACGCUGCAACCUGGCUGAUAAAUGGUGUAAGGGACGGCCACGGAAAUUUCUGGAAGCUGUAUGCUCGCAAGUCCACUGUGGCGCACCCUGAGCUGCCCAUGGUCACCCGCUGCCACAGUUAUGACAUCAAGUACAAAUUCCAGUACCAGUGCACCCGCUGCAAGAAUACAAUCGGGCGUCAUUCCAAGUCACUGGACACACAGAGGUUUGUGUGUGCCCUCUGCACAGGACAGCUCGUCUUACUGGCGCCUGCCAAGCCGCGUGCUCCAACGCCUUUCGCCAACUUUGUCAAAGAGAACUAUGGGACUGUGAGACAGGAGCUAUCUGGUCAAAGCCAUGCAGAAGUGAUGCGUAAACUUAGUGCAGACUUUGCCUCCAAGACUAAACUAAGUCAAAGCUGAGAUCAUGAUGCUCGCUAUAAUGGACUGAGCUGCACAACCACAGGAAACCUUUUCAGUGUCUAAAAUACCUCAGCCAGUUUAUCACACAUAAGGGAGCAGCUGUGAUAUUAAUUUAAAUCAAAAUGUUUUAAAUGUUUUUCCUGUCAUUUUUGUAUGUCAGAAUGUGAUUUUUAGACUGGAUCUGCUGGAACUUAAAACUGAGCCUCAACAAUGAGUUAACAUUCCUAUGUGCUGUUUGUGUGUAUGUGUAGAUAAGGCAGCUUCAAACCAUAAAACUGACCACCUCUUAUCCUCUGUAUGUAAUACAUAUACUGGAGAUAAGUUUGGCUGUGUAGAGUAUGGUACAUGUAUGAAUGGAUUUUUAUAUUUUUUUUCAAAAUUUUACUGUUUUCAUCUUCCUGUUAACUCCAUAAAUAAAGUUUCAAUGACUGUACAUUA